CAAACUGACUCACUGCGAAUUGAAUCAUUUGAUUCUAUUUUGAAUUUGAAUCUGACAUAUCUACUUUAAAGAAAAAGGAAGAAAGGGUUGAACUUUGCCACAGUUUACUACAUUCGUGCCACGUUCAACCAAGGACGACUCGCACGCGCAUUAAACAAGAUGUCAAGGAAAGUGAUUGAGCUGUUUUACGACGUGGUUUCGCCCUAUUCCUGGCUGGGAUUUGAGGUGCUGUGUCGCUACAGAAAUGUGUGGAACAUGGAGCUCAAAUUACGCCCCGCCUUUCUGGGCGGAAUCAUGCAGGCGUCAGGUAACAAACCACCUGCAAUGGUGCCAAAUAAAGGUCUGUACAUGGCGAAGGACUUGAACCGGCUGGCAUCUUAUAUGAACGUCCCUCUGCGUCACCCUUCUGACCCGUUUGAGGUCAUGUUUAAUAAAGGUUCUCUCCCUGCGAUGCGCUUUAUAACAGCCGUAGCAGAGAAAGAGAAAGAUGGCGGUCGCCUUCUGGAGAACGUUUCUAGAGAAGUGUGGAAGCGAAUCUGGAGCACGGAUCAGGAUAUCUGUGAGCCAGCGUCUCUCUCUGAGGCAGGACUGAAGGCCGGUUUGUCCUCCAGCGAAGUGGAAGAACUGCUCGGCCUGUCCAAAUCUCAGCCAAUCAAAGACAAGUUGAAACAAACCACACAGGAAGCCAUCAACUAUGAGGCAUUCGGGUUUCCUUUCGUCGUUUGUCACAUUGACGGAAAACCUCAGGUGUUCUUCGGAUCGGACAGGUUCGAGCUCAUGGCUUACUGCAUCGGAGAGAAGUGGCUCGGUCCACAACCUGACAAGCCCACUUCAAAUCUGUAACACCACCCUGUUUAAGCACAAUUUCAAUAAAGCGUGUACCUACUCA